CUAUAAACCCAUUUUAUUUCUGUAGGAAUGCAUUAUCUUUUGUACAAAGGAGAAUUGUUGUCACUACCAAUAUUGAUAUAAAUGCCUUAAUUUGCUUCUCCACAGGUGGAAAUUAAAAAUAAGACACCAUGAAAGAUACAGAAAUAAAGAGAUUGCUGACUGCUAAUGUCAUCUGUAUCUUUUCUGUUAUUGUAACUACUAUUGUUCCUUCUCUGUUCUUGAAUAAUUUCUCAAUCCUGGACACACACUUGACAUGGCUAUGCAUCUGUUCAGCUAGCGUUGGUAUUAUAAAUAUAAUUGCACAUAUGAUUUUUAAGCCAUAUUUAUCUACAAGAAGAUAUUCUCUUGUUCACAAGGCAACAAGAUUUGUAAAAUGCUGUGUAUACUUCUUCAUAUCUUGUAUCCUCUUCCAUGGAAUUAUUGUUCUUUACGGAGCACCAUUACUAGAGUAAGUAUGUCUCUUACAAUUCCACCUGGUAAACCAUAAAGUUAAAUUUUAGAAAUUUGCAUUAUGGAUCAGUCUGGAUUUACAGUGUCCCACAUAAGACCCUCUAAUGGAAAAAGAAGAAGCUA